AUGUUCGCGGCCUGUACAGCCCGCCGUUUCGUGUCUUCUAGCCGCAGGAAGUCCCGCAAGGCCCACUUCACGGCGCCGUCGUGCAAGAGGCGCAUCAUCAUGAGCGCCGCGCUGUCGAAGGAGCUGCGCCAGAAGUACAAGGUGCGCUCCAUGCCCAUCCGUAAGGACGACUCCGUGAUGGUCGUGCGUGGCCACUACCACGACCGCGAGGGCAAGGUCACCCAGGUCUAUCGUAAGAAGUGGAAGAUCUACAUUGAGCGCAUCACCACCGACAAGAACAACGGUGAGAGCGUUCAGGUGGGCAUCCACCCCAGCAACGUGAUCAUCACGAAGCUGCGCAUGGACAAGGAUCGCCACCGCAUUCUCGAGCGCAAGGGACAGGCGGCCAUGAAAUCUAAGUACACCGAGUCCGACGUUAAGGCUUAG